UAGAGAUGGAACUCAGGGACGCCAGAUGCUAGACAAGCACUCUACCACUGAGCUAUACCUCCAGCCCUAUGCUGCUGCUUAUUGCUUUAUUCUUCAAGUUAGUGAGCUCUAGUGGAAAAGAACUCAGGGUUAAGAGGUUCCAAUGACUGUCCGCCAAGAGCCUUGUCUCCUACCUCCAUCGACCCUUUCUCAGGAAAUGCUCAGAGAAGUUAAGAGCUUGGUUUUUAGAUGCAUUUGUUAUCAGCCAGGACCCAAAGCAGGUUGUCCUGACUCUUGUCUAAUGUCUUCAGACAACAUGACCCCUCUGAUGCCCACUCUGUGUAAAGCUCGAUUUUCUCAGGACCCUGCCCCUCUUCCAGAGGGGAAUUUGAAGGAGGAGGACAGAAGAACUCAUAAACUCUUAGAAGUCUUAAAGCCAUGUCCAAGGAUUUGGUGACAUUUGGGGAUGUGUCUGUAAGUUUCACUCAAGAGGAGUGGGAAUGGCUGAACCCCACUCAGAGGACUUUGUACAGGAAGGUCAUGUUGGAGAACUAUAGGAGCCUGGUAUCACUGGCAGGGAUUUCUUUUUCUAAGCCAGAUGUGAUCUCAUUAUUGGAGCAAGGAAAAGAGCCCUGGAUUGUGAAGAAGGAAGGAACAAGAGUAACAUGCCCUGAUUGGGAGUAUGUAUUUAAAAACAGUGACUUUUCAUCAAAGCAAGAUGUUUAUCAAGAAUCUGCCAAAGCAGUGACACUGGGAAGAAGCCAUCUCUCUCAUAGCCUUGUGUGCCCCAGUUGGAAACCCUGUGUAAGUGAGGACUGGUUUAAGAACAAGUUUGGAAGUCAGGAGUUACAUUCUGAUCAACUUACCAUCACUCAUAAAGAAAUCCUCCCUGAAGAUCAAAGUAAUGAGUAUAAUAAAUCUUGGGAAACAUUCAGUCUGGAUGCAAGACUAAAUAUACAUCAGAGAUUCCCCACCAAAGAAAGAGUGCAUAAGUGUGAACCACAAAAGAGAUGUUAUCGAAAAAAAUCUGUUGAAAUGAAACAUAAGAAGGUGUAUGUAGAAAAGAAACUUUUGAAAUGUAAUGAAUGUGAGAAGGUCUUCAAUCAGAGCUCAUCACUUACUCUCCAUCAGAGAAUUCAUACUGGAGAGAAACCCUAUGCAUGUGUGGAAUGUGGGAAAACCUUCAGCCAGAGUGCAAACCUAGCUCAACAUAAAAGAAUACAUACUGGGGAGAAGCCUUUUGAGUGUAAAGAAUGUAGGAAGGCCUUCAGCCAGAACGCACACUUGGCUCAGCACCAGAGGGUUCACACUGGAGAGAGGCCUUAUCAGUGUCAGGAAUGUAAAAAGGCCUUCAGCCAGAUCGCCCACCUGACUCAGCACCAGAGGGUUCACACUGGAGAGAGACCUUUUGAAUGUAUUGAGUGUGGAAAGGCCUUUAGUAAUGGUUCAUUUCUUGCUCAACAUCAGAGGAUUCACACAGGAGAGAAACCUUAUGUAUGUCAUGUGUGUGGGAAGGCCUUUAGCCAUCGUGGAUACCUAAUUGUACAUCAGAGGAUUCAUACAGGAGAGAGACCCUAUGAAUGUAAGGAAUGUAGAAAGGCCUUCAGCCAGUACGCACACCUGGCUCAGCACCAGAGGGUUCACACUGGAGAGAAGCCCUAUGAAUGCAAAGUAUGCAGGAAAGCCUUCAGCCAGAUUGCAUACCUGGAUCAGCACCAGAGGGUUCACACUGGAGAGAAGCCCUAUGAAUGUGUGGAAUGUGGGAAGGCUUUUAGCAAUAGUUCCUCCCUUGCACAACACCAGAGAAGUCAUACUGGAGAAAAACCUUAUAUGUGCAAGGAAUGUAGGAAAACAUUUAGCCAGAAUGCAGGCCUUGCUCAGCAUCAGAGAAUUCAUACUGGAGAGAAGCCUUAUGAAUGUAAUAUUUGUGGGAAAGCCUUUAGCUAUAGUGGCUCUCUUACUCUACACCAGAGAAUUCAUACUGGAGAGAGACCCUAUGAAUGUAAAGAUUGCAGGAAAUCUUUCAGGCAGCGUGCACACCUUUCUCAUCAUGAGAAAAUUCAUACUAUGGAGACAUUCUUGACCAUUUCCUCUUCCUCACCCUCUACAUCUAAUCAGUUGACAAGACCUGUAGGUUUGAUCUCCUAAUAUGUACAAAAGCUGACCCAUUUAAUGCAUUUCCAUCAUAUCACCCUUAUCCAAUACGUAUGAAUCUAUCGCAUAUGGAAAUGGCUUCUGGUUGGUUUACAAGGAGCACCAUUGCCUCUGUCCAUCAUCAGCAUUUCAGCCAAACUUGUAUUUAAAAAAAAAAAAAGAGGUGUAGGUCACAUCAUUUCUGCCUCAUUAAAAUCCCUCAGUGACAUUCCAUCAUUCUCAUCACAUUUCUCAAAAUAACCUAAAAAGCCUCCUGCCCUCCCACAGACAAUACCUUAUUCCAGACUACCUUCCCAAACCCUCUCUUUUCCUGAAUAUUUGUUCAAAAUUAAGUACUUAUUUCAACAUCCAGUAGAUCUGGUGUCCAAUCCUGACUCUUCCAUUUUCUAGCCCUAAUUUUGAGGAAGCAGUUUUUCCUUUGUAAACUUAAGUCUUAUAUGAAUAAUAAUGGUACUACCUCAAAACUUAAUGAGAAAAUUAAAUAAUGCAUGUAAAUUGCUCAGCAGAGUGCCUAGCAUGAUAAUAACUCAAAUGUUAAUGUAGAAUUAAAGACCAUGGCAUACAAAGAGCUGUUCGACUUCACCAUAAGAAAUCGACCAAGAGUGUCGGCCGAGCAGUUGUGAGACCUUUCCUUAGGAGCAGCAGUGUAGGUGGUGAGAUCUACUGCAAUUCUCAUUAGCAUCUCUGCUGCAGGGUAAUGUGGCUUUACUUCAGAAUGCAGAGAUGUGGAUACAUGACCACUGGUAACAAGGACAACUUCAAUAGAAAUUCAAGAGUUCUCAGAAGCUAGAUUUUAUGCAAAAUCACUUUUCAAAAGAGAACUGAGGGCUGGGAUUUAGAUCAGCAGCAAAGCAUCUGCCUCUCAUUCACAAAGCCCUGGGUUUGAUUCCCAGUUCCAAAAAAAGAAAAGAUUAAAAAAAAAGAGAGAGAAAAAAUAUUUUAAAAAGAACCAAGAUGUGUUCCUCAUUUACAUAUAAACAAAACAACAAAUUUUUAAAACUAGAUAAAACUUCAUCCGUAACCAGUGAAGAUAGAGAAUAAAGUUUGACCUGCUUUCCUAAUUCCAGGUGGAUGAAUUGUCUCAAACUUAUGUCAUUUAAACUAAAAAAGCUGUUACAUUUCUAAAAUUCCAAACCCAAAGGAGAAGAUAAAGUAGAACUAUAGAUGGAUACUCCAACUGGCUGUCCACAAACAUUGGUUUAAUGUGCAUUGAGUUUUAAAUGAACCUAAUACCUUUUAUGACAAUGUUAUUUCUAGUUCUCCAAAGUUCAAACCACUCGCCAUUCCCUCGUAUCUACCCUGCUGUACUGUUUAUACUCCUCCUGACUCGAAGGCUUUGAGUGUGCAGCAACACAGUAACCAGCUCACAUCUGAACAUAUGAGAUAAAAGGAGGAUGGAAAUGAAGACUUGAGUAGACAUUUAUCCACCUCUAUGGGAAUUUUCAGCAUGAUAUAGAUAUCAGUAGCCCACAAAUUAAUAUACAGAUUAUUUAAACCUAACAAAAUCCUGAAAAUUUUCCACGGCUUGAAGUAUGUGUCUCUCUUGGUGAAUGAUUGUGUGUGUGAAUAGACAUAUACAUUCAUAAAGACACACAUAUAAAGAAAAUGCAUAAUAAAAGUCAUAUUUGACAACAGUU